AUGAUGAGUGGAGAAGCAGGAGAGCAGCUGCCGUUGGUGGUGAUGGUCGACUUCCUGGCCGACGCCAGCAUCGAAGCCGAGGUGUUGAAGGGCGUAGCACGCGUCGAGUGCUGGCAGGUGGAAGGCCACCACGCCCUGCCCGACCACCUCCACGUACACCUCUCCCCCCACCUCUUCUUCUACGUUGGCCUCUUCGUCAUCACCCACCCAUGA